CAGUACAGCUUCGGAUAGCUGCGAAGCGCUGCUUUGUUAGUUGUUCAAUUGUUUACCGAUCUAUUUUUUUUUUAAUUUCCCUCCGCGGCUAUUAUUCUAUGAGUAAAAUUUUAAAACCGGAUUUAACGAAAACCCGUUUUUAAAAAUGGAACUUUUCAACGUUUUUAAUAAAUGUGACUCUUAAAAAAUUGUGCUCCAAGUGUUUAGUGGCAACAUUUGUAUUUAUUUUUUAAUUGUGAUUCUUUUGAAGAAAUUUUACUUUUUGAACUUUUAGGUAAGUGUGGUGCUUGUAAAAGAAUGGAAAUUAACAGUUAAAUAAUUGUGGUGGUGUGGCGAUUAAACUAUGGCAUGUUGGUUAAUUGGACAUGAACAAAAGCAUGCACUUGGCAUUCGAUAUACUAAUACUGACUACUGAUGUGGCUGAACUAUGAAUAGUAAAGAAAUAAAUCACAAGACACCGCCGAUAUACUAUAUGGACUCACCGUGCCGCUCAAAAAUAAAACAAUAGGCGUGCAAAAUGACAGCUCAAAAACUGUUUCCCGCUCAAAAAACUGUCAAAGUGACAUUCUGGUGUGGUGUGUGAGUGCGUUCGGAAUGCAAACUGCGACAUGGUAACACUGAUGCCGUGUAGCUACCUCAGCGGUGGGACAUCCCCGCGCUGCAGUUUGGACCACGUCGAGCCAAAGGCAAAACGACCGAGAACAGAGACUAAUACUGAUGUACCGGAUCGAUUAUCCGGCGAAGUCAACACUAGUCCGUGCGAGUCUGAAUCGACUUCAAAUUCCCCGCCAUCCUUACUGCAGGAUGCAACAUUACCAGCUCUCCUAGUAUCUGGAGCGACGACGCUGUUUCAGAACACUACAUCUGCGUCAAACUCGGCGCUGAGUUUGUCAGCUGUAGAUAGCUUAUGCUUACCUGGUAGUUCGGAGGUGGAGAGCUGUAGUUUGGCGAACGGAUGCACGGCGAGUACGACGCUGGGCGGCCUAGCCCUACCUCUGACGUCAACUGGCGGAUUGUGUUCAACCUCUUCAUCAUCUACGGUGGCCUGGUUAAUGAAUGAGGAUAGUGCGGGCGGUGUCAAGAGCGAGGUGCGCAGUCCAGGGCUGUGCGAAGCAGACGUGGCGCUCUACGGUGAGGCUCUGCCGUACGACCAGACCGCGCUGCCCUACCAGUAUUACAAUAGCAUGCAACAAUAUGGUAGCGGCGGCGCGGCGUCCUCGUACGUCAGUUCCUCGCUCUAUAACCAGCCUUACGCAGCAUACCCUCCCCCACACAAUACCAAUAACAGAUCGUCAUGCAAGGCAACACCUACCUACCUGAGUGCGUACGGUGUGAGCGGAGUAGGCAGUGUGCCGAGUACAGGGUUUGGCGCUCAGCCGUCACCAUACGCAUAUUCUUCAUACAAUGGAAGUUUGGCGCAGUCAUUCCCAGCCACACAACAAGACUACAGCAGUUACGCAGCUGGUUACGCGGACCAUAAUGUGGCACAGUACAGUGGAUACUAUGCCACGCCGAGCUACUCGCCGUAUGUCAGCUCGCCGAGUAGCAGCGGCAGUGCUGGCCACACAUCGUACCAUUUGGGGGGCGCUCUUUCUGAUUCCCCAUCCUCGAUGCUUCCUUCAAUGAACGAUACAAGUCCACUGUCGCCAAUAAAAAGUGAAGUACAUGCAGCAAGCAGAAGAUGUAGAGAGAACUCUGGAGAGAGCACAGCGAGCAGAUCUCGUGGCCGUGGCAGAAGGAACACUUCAUCAUCCCCAGCACAGCAUGUCCCCGAGCCCGCUACAGACAGAGUCUUCAUAUGGGACCUGGAUGAGACCAUCAUCAUAUUCCAUUCAUUAUUAACAGGCACAUAUGCCACUAAGUACAAUAAGGAUACUCAACAAAUAGUUCAAUUAGGAUUCAGAAUGGAGGAAAUGAUAUUCAGCCUAGCUGAUACACAUUUCUUCUUCAAUGAUGUAGAGGACUGUGACCAGGAGCACAUAGAUGCUGUAGCAGCUGACGAUAAUGGUCAAGAUCUAUCUGCGUACAACUUCGCAUCUGAUGGAUUCCACGCGGGCGCUGCACCUAACACUGGUUUAUGCGCGCCUGGUGUCCGCGGCGGCGUCGACUGGAUGAGGAAACUGGCCUUUCGAUAUAGAAAAAUAAAGGACACAUAUAAUAAUUAUAGAAACAGUGUGGGUGGCUUACUUGGACCGGCGAAGAGAGAGCAGUGGCUGCAACUGAGGGCCGAGCUGGAACAAGCCACCGACAAUUGGCUGACCCUCGCCUGCAAAUGUCUCAAUAUGAUUAAUUCUAGGGAGAACUGCGUGAACGUACUAGUAACGACGACGCAGCUAGUGCCGGCGCUAGCUAAAGUGCUUCUCUUUGGCCUCGGCGGCGUGUUUCCUAUAGAAAAUAUAUACUCCGCCACUAAAACAGGAAAAGAAACGUGUUUCGAGAAAAUAAAGCAACGCUUUGGCGAGAGGUGCACAUACGUCGUGAUCGGAGACGGUCAAGACGAAGAGGCCGCGGCCAAAGCGAAGAACUACCCAUUCUGGAGGAUAUCCAGCCAUUCUGAUAUAGCCGCGCUGUACAAUGCGCUCGACAUGGGCUUCUUAUGAUUUGCUGUUAUCCUGGUACUCGUUAUACUGUCCUAUGGAAUAAACUCUAUUAAAAUGGGCCUGCAAAUAUUAACAAAUUUGAAAGUAUUUUGAAGUCAUUUGAAAUGUAUAAGGGGACAGCCUUCAAUUAUGUGAGCCUAGAAAUAAAAAAGAAAGAAAGAAUAUUUUCUAUUUAUUGCUUAACUUGAAAAUACAGCGGAAACAACAGGAAAACAAUUAUCCAUUAAGAGAGAGAGAGAGAAGUAUGUCUCGUUAAAAAAAAAUUAACGAGUCAAAUAAAACGUAAAAAAACACUAUUUAUUUGCUGGUCUCUUCUAUAUCUAAACUAAUAUUAUAGGUUUAUGUUUAUUUUAGAAUCUCCUUACAUUGCACUAAACCUCACGUAAGAGGAGUGAGACAUCAAAAUUUUUAAAUAAAUCCCUCGCAUAAUUAAUGGACGUCCCCUUGUCAAAGGCCAAACCUUUAAGAAUUUCUAUCAAUUUAUGAUUGCCUAGUACAGUAACUAUAUCAGAUAUCAAUUUUAUAACAAUAUACAAAGUUUAAUUGGACUCGAUGGCUUGUUAAAAAGUACAGUUAGUUACAUCUUAGCAUCUGUGAGCCGUUAACAAUAGUUUUGUAGUUAACUUAUUAUGUUGGCCUAAUUGAUAUUUAGUUUAAAGCUCAAAGAUAGCUCAAAAUCUACGAACAAAACUCUUAAUUAAAUUGUAAAUAUAUAUUAAACUGUAGAAACGUUCUACACAAACAGUUUUAAGUCCAUUCCUACUAUGUAAGUUUUAUAUUCUAUACAAUGUACAGAUUUAGUGAAAUAAAGAAGUUUUAUAGUUCAAUGUAUUUAUGGACGAUUUCAGUAUAUUUUUUUUUAUUUUUAUUAUCUCUUUUUAUCUGCAAAGCAAGCAAUCGAGAAAUAUGUUCCUCUGCUAUGUUUAAGCACAACUUUUUAUAGCCUUACCUGUACAUAGGUAUAGGUGGCAUUGAUAAAUUGUAACCAUUCAUUUACAGUUUUAUCUACGCACACACACACAAAAUAUAAAUUUUCUUAAUUCAAUUUGUUAUUAAACCAAUUUAAAUUGAUGCAAUAAACUAGUUUAUAGAUAAACUAGUUUUGCGACAUUAAUGAAUAAAUAAAUAUUAUAUAUAUAACAAAAAUUGUAAUUUGUUGAAAAUCUGGAUCGCAAACUAAGCGAUAACCUAUAGCUUAGACACCAGAGUGCUUAAAGCCUUGCAGUUUACAGAUUUAAUUAAACAGCCCAGCACACUGGCAUUAUAAAAAUGAAUGGAUUUUAUAUUCUAUGAAAAUUAAUUGAUUACAUCAAACUGACGUCAAAAUUAUAAGAAAACUAGCCAAAACUUCUUCACUGUGCAUGUUAGAAAAAUUGCAUUUAAAAUGUCUUCCAUCGAACCACCAAUCUAAAUGUUCGGACACUGUAACUGAAUAAUAAAAACAUGUGAACACUUAUAGACAGUUAACCGCCAAUGUCUCUUAACUGACAUAAAAUAGUUGUUACAAUUUAUUCUAACUGCUUUUCUACAUUAUAUAAAGAAAUAUUUUUUUACAUCAGUAUAUAGAAAAAUUCUAUUAAAGUUCAACAACUUGACGUUUUCGUUUUUAUAAUAUUUGGAAUAAAUUCAGUAAUAUUUUCUGUGAUUCCUGUAAAAUGUAGUCCGUGUUAGUUCGAGGUUAUUUGCUGUUAACCAUCUUCACGCUACUUACUAUGUUUUUCGCGCGCAUUAUACAAUUGAAUGUACAAGUUUCUGCCCUAUAUUUCAUGUAACACGAGCGUAAAGGUGCAUUCACGUAUUUCCUGGGUGAGCGUAUUGGGUAAAGCUCAUCCAGUUAAUGUAAUAAAUAAAUAAAUUACUCAAGACAAUUUUUAGAAAAAAAAGGGAUCUUUUGAAAUUAUACGUUUUUAAAUCUUCAAAUAUUUCAUUACGUAUUACUUGAACGUCCCCUUAGCUGUGUAUGUACAAAUGAAAUGUAAUUAAUUCUGUUUUAGUCGUUAUCAUCUUUUUAAACAGCGUUCUACAUUUUAAUGAAAUAAGCAAUGAAACAAUAAUGAUCAAGAAAGCUCCACUAAUUUCGGAACCAAUCCGAAACCCUUAAUCGUCAGCAGUUCUGACGCUCAGACACGCGCUCGCGUCACAGCUACUCGAGUAAAUUAAAUCAGUAGUCAUUAAUUUACGCUUACGAAAUUUUUAACAAUGGUAGAUUCACAUUUACUUGUUGUUUUUGUACCCGUAUUUCUUUUGACUUUAUCAGAUUAUUCGAUAAAAAAGAUGCUAAUGAUUUCUUACUUCACCCUGUAUAUUCUAUCCAUUCGUAUAUUUAUAAGUAUGUAAAAUCUCCAAGCAAUUGAUUUGUUAUAAAAAUAAUUAUUUGCUGUAUCAACGAUUCAGUUGUAAAAGGCUUUAUUAUGUUAUGGAACGUAGCAAUAUUUGUAAUGUUAAAUGAAAUAGACAAAUCUAGGAAUAUGUAAAUACAGAUUAAAAACUAGUUUAAUGAACAUAGCUUAUUCUUAUUACGCUCUAAUAGGAAUAUUGAAUUUAAUUCGAAAGUUAUCAUUAUUCGAAUUGUAAAUAAAAUUAUAUUAUUUGAGAAUUUAAUCA